UAAUCAAUAUUAGCCGCCCGAUGGUACUGUACGUCCGUCGACCGAUUGACUGAAACGGCAACUGUAAAAUGUAAAUGCUCAUCGACUGGAUGAUGCACUAUGAAAGUAUGAAGGCACGAAACUCCACUGGCGUACAAAAUACCUGCAUAAGGUCCGGAUCCAAGGUCGUAUAAAACGGUUUUCUAAAUUACAUGACUAAUUAUAAACUUAUCUCUUUGCUGACACUGCGCUUGUUAUUCUGCAUAUUGUUCUGCAUACUUGCCUGAUCCUGAUGGUGAGCAAAAUUUGUUGUCAUCCACUCGGCGGUAUCCUUAAUUGAACGAAGAUUGAUUUUAAGUACAAAUACAGUACGUACGUAAAGAGGCAUUUACUUCUUUCUUGAGCAGUGCCAAACUUUCUCCUUCAUGUAUUUUCAUUAUGGCUGAUUAUGAGGAAGAUUUUGAGGAGGCUGAUUUUGUCGAUACAUCCGUGACCGGGGAAGCAGAGCGAGACGACAAGAAGUCGCACGUUCAGAUUUAUCUACCGUAUUCAAUGGAAACAAGGGUGCAAAAUCACUAACCGCCGAUGUCGCAAUUCACGCACAACCCAACGAGAAAAAUCUUUUUGACUUUCUGUUUAAAAAGCGAGCCAAUCCUUCCGUUGCGUCCAGCACAAGAGAUUUUCACUGUCAGUCGGAAGCUCAAACAGAACUGAUCCGCUUAAGCACCGCGUGGACACAGAAACCUUGCUACUCCGCAAAAGAAAGCUCCGGUCUGAUUACCGGCAAAACAAAGCCGCACAUGGAGCAAAACAACGAAGCUGUUAAAUUAUCACUACUCACGCAAAACAAAGCUGAUGUUAUAGGGAGUCAACCCGGCAGCUUGAAUGCUUUCUUGAAAAAAUCUUCUAACUUGAUCCUGAGUAUGAUGACCGAGGAAAGGCACAAGAAAAGCAUUUUAAAAGCUGAGCGAUCCAAAACCGACGAUACGCGAACAGUGACUGAUCAGGUGUCCGUUCCGCUUGCAAGUCCACUGUUUUCCGCAUUCGGCAACAUAAUUUCCAUUCGAACCGCACAGAAUUGUGCGUCACCGCUAUUUCUUGUAUUGCAUGCAACAAAGGAUAAUAGUCCACCAGUACAAAGCCGAUUCCGCGGCUGUGUUUCCGGGUGGAAUGGCUAUUCGCCAGGUGCAGCGUUAUUCAUUUUGGGUUUGCUGGAACGACCGACGUGCCUCGACUCCUUCUCCGAUUCUGACGGCGUCCUGCUUGUUGUAGCUGGCGUUAUUGAUGGAAGUAUAGCGUGCUGGGAUGUGCGGGAACCGUCUUCGAAUGCAAUAUAUUUCGAUCAAGAAUCUCAGAUAGUUCAGUUACCGUGCUUUGUCAGUUGUGCUACGACACCGAGUCAUACGGAGAGUGUCUUGGACAUUGCCACGAUUCAACCCGGUUCACGAGCCAGUUCAGCCAAAUUUGUGGUGUCGCUAGAUGAAUCUGGAAUAGUAAUUGUGUGGAAUGUAAUGCAUUCGGUGAAGGAGAAGGGGCGAAACAAUGAAAAUACUGGUGCCGGUCAAACAGUUGAGCUUGUCCGUUCAAGAACGAUCGAUAUAUGGAGAAACUGCCCCAAAAGAUUCGUCAUUACCACCAUUUAUUCCGACGGUCGCAGCACAAACCAAGCCUUCGUCACGUCCUCAAAUGGGCAUCUACUUGGUGUUUUUAUGCAGUCAAGUCAAAGCACAAUUUCCUACAUCAACACCGCAGGCGGAGGAUUCACAUCACUUGUAACAACGAUGUCCUUCUCGCAACACUUUCCUGGUUACUUCCUUGUUGGUUACGACAAUGGACGGAUAAGCUUGUACAACACAGCUUAUCGGAUAUGUUUGAAUUCCUGGUCUUUAGCCGCUGCUGCCAGUAUUGUAGGUCUGUAUUGGUCAGAAACCAAUCCAAAAUUAUUCUACUCCGUUGACAGCAAAGGAAAUAUUGGUCUGUAUAAGCUGGGAGACAAGAUCUCAGAAACUCCUUCGCAAAUCUCCACUUCCUGCAGGGGCCAUCUCCUGCUCCGCGUUGCAUCCUUGCCAGUAUGAAAGGGCAUCACUUGAUGCUGUGCCAGCCGGACCAAACACUGACCGUUGCCACUGUUAAUUCCGCACUGGAUAGAAAGAAUACUCUUUUGAGUACAGAACUGUUUAGUGAUUUUCGUAUCGGCCAAGGAGGAAUGGAAAAUUCAGCACAGAACGGUCACCUUAACGUUCCCGGUGAUGAUCAGUAAUGAAAGUUUUGCUGGACGGGACUUCACAUCCAUCAUCUUCGCGAUUAUCUCCAUCGAUGAUUUAUUGAUUCAUAGCCUAAUCUGUUACGGCUCGUUACAACAACUUACAAGGACUUUGUGAUUGUUUUGCAUUGAUUAGCAUUAAAUCUCAUUUAUUAAUAUUAGCAUUUGCCGCUGUUAAACAGCAUCAGACUUCAGCACAAACGCGUGUUUUGGUUUUAUCUUUGCUCAGUGCUAAGAUACGGCUUUUGCUCCCAGUCCCAGGUGAAAGGGUCUUGAACAUUUUGACAUAAUGUGCUUUUAGUUGUACGAUAAUCCUAGUUAGUCCGCAAACUUACGGAUUAGUUUUUAACAGUUUAUUACAAAGCCGACGAAAACGGAUAUUACCA